AUGAGCCACCAGUGCUCCGGUCAGAAACUGUGGUAUGUUUGCUCUCAAGGCCCUUUCCAGGGAUGUUGCUCUGUCGAUCCAUGUUCUGCUGGUGGUGUCUGUCCGGAAGAUGAUGAUGCGACAACGGCUACCACUAGCAGCACGUCUACAAAGAUCCAUUCUGUGACACCCACGAAACCAGUGUCUUCGAAACAGUCCACCUUUGAGACCAGCACAGCUACGACUAGUCGUCUUGAAACCACCAGACUUCCCGGAACCACAACCGCUUCUACAACCAGCACUUCAAGCACCAGUACUGGCACCAGUACGAGCGCUGCCGACAAUGUCAAUGCCGAUGCGGAAACCGGCCAUGGAACGCCCGUUGGGGCUAUCGUCGGAGGAGUGAUAGGGGGCAUCGCAAUUCUCAUACUCCUUGCUAUUGCCUUGUUUUUCGUCUAUCGCAGACGCAAGAAGCGUAAAACGACAUUUGAUACCGACAACAUAUCACCACAGAAUGACCCAACGAGUACAGAACAAGUCACACACGCACCGUCAAAGAAAGAAAAAGCAGAAACCAGCUCCCUCCUCACUCCAAUCAACUACUCCACCAACGGAACCACCCCCAUCUCACCAACGUCCACCGCAGCCGAACUAGACGCAUUCCACCUCUACCCUCCCCAAAAACCCUACACCCUAUUCACGCACCCAAACGUCUUAACCCCCGAUCUCAGCGACACAGGAGUCUACACUCCCCGCGCCGAACUACCAGCCCAGCCCAUCCGAGAACUCAUAAACAUCUCACAGCACCAACGCCAGUCUUCAAAUCAGUUGGUCUCAUCGCAGGGACCGACACGCGCCGAACUGCCAGCCCAACCGUGCAGGGAGUUGAUCAACGUUCCGCACCACCGACGUCAGCAACCUGCUACACUCCCAACGACACCACCACGGGAACAGGCAGAGGAGUCUAUGACACCUGCAAACUCACCGCCGAUGGCGUAG